UCGACAGACGGUUAAUCAGCUGAUUGCGAGCGAUCAAAUGAACCAAAAUAACACAGUUUCAUCUGUCAAAAGUCGUUUAACCCCGAACGACAGCUGAGGAUCUUCUGGUGGGACACUGUUGACAUGCUUCAUUUGGACCGAAAUCAUGGACAAGAUUUUGGAGGGCCUCGUGAGCUCCGAUCACUCCGUUCCAGUGAAGAAAGCCAUCGUGAAGAAGGUCGUGGAAGCAGCGGAGAAAGAGGUGACCGAGGAGCAGUGUCAGGCUCUGUUCACCCUCACCACGCGCCUCAUCCUGCUCGGUGAAGAUGCCUUCCAGAAGCAGAUCGGCUUCCAGGUCCUCGAAGCCUACGCCCGCUACCACCGCCCGGAGUUUGAGCGCUUCUUCAACAAAGACUUCGUGGUGGGCCUGCUGCAGCAGGGCUACGGGCAGCUGGACCGCAAGGACCCGGCCAUAAUAGACUACGUUCACUGUUGCCUGCGGCUGCUCAUCAGCUGCCCCUCGGUGCUGGAGAUCUUCGGCGGGGUCCAGGUGGAGGUUUUAAGGAUGGUGUGCGAGCGCCCCGAGCCGGCUCUCUGUGCCCGCCUGAGCACACUGCUGUCGGAUUUUGUGCAGUGCAUCCCGAGGGACAAGCCGGGCGUUUUGUUCUGCCAGCAGCUGGUGAGGACCAUCAGUUACUUCCACUGCUUCGCCAGCGAGGAGCGGGAGCUGAGGGAGUAUGUGGGCCAGGUGACGAAGGUUAGCACGCUGCUGCAGAACAUCUGGAAGGCCGACCCAGCCACACUGCUGCCCUCGCUGCAGGAAGUCUUCGCCAUCAUAUCUUCUACAGACCCUUCCUUUGAUCCAUCCAUCGCACUGGCCAGCCUGGUCCAGCACAUCCCCGUCCAGAUGAUCACAGUCCUCAUCAAGAGUCUCACCACAGACCAGAACGUCAGAGACGCAAGCAUGACUAAAGCCCUCUGCAGGAUGAUUGACUGGUUAUCUUGGCCCUUGGCUCAACACAUCGACACCUGGGUCAUCGCUCUCCUCAAAGGACUGGCUGCAGUUCAGAAGUUCACUAUCCUCAUAGAUGUCACUCUGCUUAAAAUCGAGCUGGUCUUCAGUCGUCUGUGGUACCCCAUCGUGCGGCAGGGGGCGCUGGCCGUGCUCUCCCAUAUGCUGCUGAGCUUCCAGCACUCCCCCGAGGCCUUCCAUUUGGUUGUUCCACAUGUAGUGCACCUCGUCCAGUCCUUACGGACAGAUGGUCUCCCCACCAGUAAAGCUUUCUUGCUGCAGUUCACUGAGCUCAUACACUGCAUGAUGUACCAGUACUCUGGCUUCCCUGACCUCUAUGAUCACAUAAUAGAAGCCAUCAAGGAUCUCCCAAAACCAGCAGAGGAGAAGAUCAAGCUGGUGCUGAAUCAAAGUGCCUGGACGUCUCAGUCCAACUCCUUCGCCUCCGGUCUAGUGAGGCAAGCUGGGAAAUCUGAGACAGGAAAGACGGGCCUGGUGAACCUGGGCAACACCUGCUACAUGAACAGCAUCAUCCAGACCCUGUUCAUGGCCACAGAUUUCAGGAGGCACGUUUUAUCGUUGCAUCUGAACGGUUCCAACACACUAAUGAAAAAGCUUCAGCUCCUGUUCGCUUUCCUUGCACACACUCAGAGGGCGGCAUACGCUCCUAGAAACUUCCUGGAAGCAUCCCGGCCUCCCUGGUUCAAUGUGGGCUCUCAGCAGGACUGCUCAGAGUACCUCAGAUUUCUUCUAGACAGGUUACACGAGGAGGAGAAAACCAUUCAGGUCCUGGAAUCAGCCAAGCCAAACGUCCCCUCCCUUGCCGACGCGAGCAGCAAAGACGCAACGUGUCCACCUUCUGCAGAAGAACAAGAAGAAUGUCAUUCGACUCCAGCAGAAACCAAACCGGAAAAUGAUGGAAGGACUUUAAUAGAAAGGAUGUUUGGUGGGAAGCUGAUCACUGGCAUCCGCUGCACGCAGUGCAACUGUAUCUCUGAGAAAGAAGAGCCUUUUACAGACCUCUCUUUGGCCUUUUGUCCAGCUGCCACCUCUCAGAGCAGUCCUCCAGUCCAGGGGCCUUCAGAGGAGCCCAGGGUUCUCUGUCAGGGAUCUGUCAACGGUGGCAGCGAAGCUCCUGAGCCUGGCUCGGCCAAAGCUCCGGCCAGCAGUGUCCAAUUUGUGCCAGCGGCAACUGAGCCUCCCAUGUCCGUGCCUGACCUGGUAAACUAUUUUCUGGCUCCGGAGAUCCUUGACGAAGACAACGCCUAUUUCUGCGAGAAGUGCAGCUCCCUCCAGCGGGCAGAGAGGACCAUGAAGGUGGUGUCCGCACCGGAGUACUUGAUCCUCACCCUGCUGCGGUUCUCGUACGACGCCAAAUGCCACAUCCGCAGAAAGAUCCUGGAAAAUGUCACCAUCCCGCCGCUCAUGAGACUCCCUGUGCACGCCCGUUCAGUGCCUACACAGUGCUCGUCUUCUGCCUCUUCUCCCCUGCAAGUGGACUCUCCCGAGAGCAGCGAGAAUCUGGCCAAGAAGCUCAAGCCUUCGCAGCUGGACGAGGAGGAAGAGGAGAAGGCGAGGAUCGACGGAGAAGAGGAGAUGCUGAUCCAGUCGGUGCCCUACGUCCUCAGCUCCGUGGUGAUGCAUUCUGGCAUGUCGUCCGAGAGCGGCCACUACUACUCUUACGGUCGGAACAUCAACGGAACAGACGGAGCGCAGCAUCCGGCCAAUCACUUUGCCAUCAAAGAGGAUUUGGGGAACGGCCAGGCCGAGAGUAACCUCUGCACAUCCUCGGCGCUCGCGGUUCCACCCGAGCAGGGCCACGCGCUGUCCAACAGCGCCUCGGAGGGAAAAGACUGGCUCCUGUUCAACGAUAGCAGGGUGACAUUCACAUCUUUCCAGUCGGUGCAAAACAUCACCAACCGCUUCCCCAAGGACACGGCCUACGUCCUCAUGUACAGGAAACAGGAUCUUACAGCGCAGAACCUGAACGGAGAACUGACGGCAAAUGGUAUGAGGCUGAAUUCUGAACCGCCCCUGCAAAAAGAACUACUGGAUGCUAUUAUCAAGGACAACAAACUGUAUUUACAGGAGCAGGAGCUCACCGCUCGGACCCAGGCUCUUCAGGCCCCUUCAUCCUCCUGCUCAUUCAGGCCCAACGGUUCAGAUGACAAUAACCCACCGGGGAGCUGUGGCCCAUCUGGUGGAGGCGGAGGAGGGGGCGGGGGCUUCAAUACCAUCAGCAGACUCGUCUUCUGAAAGGAACACGCCGGUGACUCAGGAGCCCGAACUGUCGUACCGUGUACAGCAUAUAACCUCAUCAGAAGAGCACUGAAAGGAUCACACACACAGAGCAUCCGCAGAUUGCUCCCAUCUGAGAAAAAGAUUUUUUUUUAAAAGUGUUAUUUAAGUAAUUAUUAAUUAAAAUAGUUUUUUUCCACUCUUAUAGUCAUUAUCUUAAUAAUUUGUUCUUCCACAAAAACCUGCAAAUUAUAAAACUUGAAGUUGACAGUAUGCUUAUGUUCAGAUAUAUUCUCUUCCUCACACGAACGAAAUGUGGAAAAAUAUCGUUUGAUAUUGACAUAGAUGAGUAUGUGAAUACGGUUUAGUUACCUCUUACACAAGAAAACACUUAAAUGCGCAACUUCGUGCCCGCGACGCAGGAGAAAGCAUUUAUCUGUCACACUGUCUGGAUUUGUCACACUUGUGACGGACAGCUCGCAGACUUUGUUUACCUUUCUGAUUUGCAUGCGGCUUCUCUUCCUGAGCUGUGGGGAUGAGGAUUUUUUUUUCUGAUAUCGGACUCUUUCUGACGCGUGCUACGUUGGUUUAUAGUUUUCAUAUCACAUGCAAUAAAUGUACAUACGACUUAACGUUUCCGACUAAUCGCGUAACACGAACAUAUGUGGAAAUCAAAAGUAUAUAUAUGAGGGGGAAUUUUCAAGAUAAAGGUAUUUUCAGUAUGUAGACUGUUUAAAGCUGGCUGGUGUCGUCUGCUGAGAACUAAAUUACAAACUACUUGUCUUGGCAGAUUUCACCUGCGGGCAGCUGACAGCAUUUUAUGAUGUAUUCCUCUGAUUUGAUCAUUCAGGGAGACUUGUGUGUUCUUUGCUGAUUUUAUGUGCCUUUUGAUAUUUGAUGCAGAUUUUUGAAGAGGGGCUUGUUUCGACUUAAAGCUAUAUUAUGUUAAUAUUCACAAUGGCUUCAACUUUACCCAAAAAUUAAAAAAAAAAAGAAAAGUGUUUGUUGCGUUGUCAGCCCGGAAGGAUGUUUUAAGUUAUUCACAGUGGUCUGUUGGCAAGUGGGUGGGCAGAUGUCAGGGGAUAAGAGUAUAAAUGUAGUAGUAAAACAUAAAAAGAAAAAUAAGACAUGGAUAAUAAAGACUAUAAAUAAAGUCGUCAAUGGUUUCCGAAAACCUUUGAUUAAUUUCUUUGCAAAGGAGCCAAACACCAAAGAGUGUAUUGCUAUGCUGUUGUGUACUGUACCUUAAUGUCUGUGACUUGUUCCAGAGUUUCAUUAUUUCAACAUUACUGCAAAGAAUAUGUGGAACCAUCUCUAAUAUCACAUCUUGUUGUUGAAUUUUGAAAAGAUCUCCUACUGUACAUAAUCUCUUUUUUUCUUGCGGUAUGUACAGAUCUUCCCAUGACCGGUGCCAUUUUUUUUUUUUU